AUGCUGAAUUUGAUCACUCCUAAGAUAUCAGAAGACCACCUUACGGUAAUGAACUCCGUUGGCGGUCUUGUAUCAGAUCCAGAGCAGCUAGAACAUGAAGUGAAUAAGCUUGGACAAGAAUAUUUGAGCAAAAUGACAGCGGGCUUCUUUGAAUGGAUCACUCUUCAGGACACUUCGAGGUCAUUAGAAAUGACCAAUACAGUGAUGUACUCCACAAAGCUCUACGAUCAACUACUAGAUGGAACGGAAAAACAUAUUCGGCUUGUAUCAACUGACGAAGCUGGGGGUCUCUCUCUUCAUAUGAUGAGGGAUUACAAGAUGUCACCUUGCAGGAAUCCAACCACCAUGCAUGAGAUCUACAAGAAAUGGGAAGCUAUUACUGGUAAAUCAAUUAUCAGUAAGACUCUUAAAAAAGCUCAAUGUGAAACGAAUGUCUUUACCCUUGAGAUGCCAUUUCUAAUUGGUCCAGGGGCCAAUGAAGAAAUCAUAGAUACAGAGAAGCUUGUAUUUGCUCAUAUCAGCAAGGAUGUCAUUGCUUAUUUGAGAAAGAGAUUCCCACGCCAGUUUGUGAAGUCCUGUUCUUCACCUAAUGAAUCACUAGUACCAGCAACGCUUUCUGUGCUUGAGAGGAUCAUGAGAGACCAAAAUAUUGAGAAAGUGUAUCACCUUAAACAUAUCAGUGAUCUUCUAUGUCACAAAUCAAGCUAUGUCAGUGUUUUCGACAAGUCUGCUUGUGUCAUCCGGUCCUUCCAAGGAGACGGGGAAAAACCUCGCUAUAAACUGGCCAUUAUUCUGGAGUUAUUCGACAUGAAAUGGUACAAGAAACCACUGUCAAGAUCUACAGUCAUCAAAUCAAUGAGUAGAAGACACAUUACUAGCGCCCUUGCGUUUGUAUCCGACUUGGAUAUUGAACCAAUUCAUGUUAUGCCUUUGAGUCUUUCUGCAUCCGAUAACGGUACAGAAGAAGGGACCGGUAGAGAAAGCCGUUCAGCGAUCGGACUGAGGAUCAGGGCUAAAGCUGUGAUGGAUCUGUGUCCUUUGCUGCUGGAUUAUAUUGAUGAAAAGGACCCGAGAUCAUCAUGGUUCUCUGCUUCUGCUGACUCGGAUGAUCAUGCAUUUGGUCCUUCGAAAAGUUCAGCACUAAUCAGUUUGAGCAAUGUUAUUGUGGGGAAGGCUGGAUUACUGUUUCAUGGCGAGUGUGAACCAACGGAUCCAAAGAGUGGUUUCAUUCAAAUUCAGAUGUCUAACUUCAAUCAAUUUGAAUUCAUGGCCCACAAUGAAUUAUGACUAGCUAAGAUGUCGCAUCUUGCAGUUUAUAUAGUGUACAAGUAUAAUGCCCUUAUCACUCGACAAACAUCACAAUGCCAUGUAGGUAUCCCCCAGGGGUGUUUUCUAAACAUUGUUACAAAUCUCUAAGCUGUUCUUCAAGUGUUUCCGAUGUAUUUACACUGGUGACUUGCUUUUAAUGGUAACUAAUGUCGACGUUAAGGUAACCACUGCCUGCGU